AUGGAGAACUACAAGUUGUUACAACGUCUGGGUAAAGGUGCUCAAGGUUCAGUUUAUUUGGUGGAAGAUAAAGAAGAGAAGAAAAAAUAUGUCUUGAAAAAGGUUGAAUGUAAUGAUGAAGGUGAAGCAAAUAAAGCCUUUAAAGAAGCUAUGGCUUUACAAGAAUUAAGGCAUCCUUAUGUUUGCGGAUACAAGGAAUUUUUUGUCACUUGGGACAAGGAAGAAUCAGCCAUGUUUGUUUGUAUUGUCAUGGAAUACUACAAAAUGGGUGAUUUAGAUCGAGUCCUGAAACAGAAGCGUCAAAAGAAUGAAUAUAUCGAAGAAUUGAUAUUAAAAAAGUGGAUUGGGCAAAUGAUAGAAGCUUUAGUGUUUGUCCAUAAGAAGCAAGUCAUACACAGUUACGACGAACGUAGCGAUGUUUGGUCUCUCGGUUGCAUUGCUCUCGAAAUGGCAACUUGCGGCUUUCUUGAUGCUGCCCAAACGGCUGGCAUUCUCUUCCAAAUUAAACAUUCUCCUCAGGUUUUGGAAGAAGUAUUGGAGAACGUUAGUAAGAAAUAUUCAGCAGAUUUCUGCCAAUUAAUUCGAACUAUGCUUCGAAGAAAUUUUCAACAACGCCCAACGGCAGCAGAUUUGGUAGCGUUGCCAUAUGUUAAAGAUUGCCUCUUACUUAGUGGAUCAGCACUUGCAGCGCGUAAGAAAGCGGAAGCUGAUCCAGUACCUAAAGAGCAAGGAAUUGGUCCAGUAUUAGAUUAUUUGGAUAGAAAUGCUGAUUCCUCGAAGAGUUCGUUGGAGGCUCUUAAAUAUAUCCACAAUAUGCUUAGAAAUGAAGAUGCUAUGGGUUUAAACGAUGCUGGAAAAAGGAUAAUUAUCAAGGCAAUGAAAAAUCAUAUAGGAAAUAACGAAAUACAAAUUGUUUCAGCAAAAAUUUUUUCGCAUCUUAUUGUUUCAGCGGAAGAAAACGAUAUUAUGUAUAGCAGUGAGCUAAUACAACCAGUCACAUUAGCCAUGAGGUCACAUGCUGGUUCAGCUGAAUUGCAAAGCGUUGCGGGAGCUGUCAUUGCAGCACUGUCUGCAGAUGAAAAUGCUGCCGCAGUUAUCGGUAACUCUGGAGGUGUACAAGAUAUUUUAGCUUCCUUACGAGCUUUCCCAAAUGAUACUACAAUUAUUUCAAACUGCUGUAGCGCUUUAUGGAGUCUAGCAGCAAAUGAAAACAAUGCUAAGAUCGUAACUGAAGAGAAAGGUUUAGAAGACGUUUAUCGAGCGCUUGAAAAUCAUCAAGAUUCAGUUGAAGUAAUUGAAUCUUCCUGCUCUGCGUUAUGGUCUUUAUCCAUGGAAGAAGAGAAUGUGGAUGAACUAUCUAAGUCUGGGACCAUUGCUGCUGUUGUUAAUGCGAUAAAAAAUAAUGAAAAGGAACCACGAGUUGUAAAGAGUGGUUGCUUGUUAUUGGCAAGUUUGACAGAAGUUGAUGAAUCAUCUGCAAUGCAAGUAAUUAAUAGUAAUGGUGUCUCCGGAGUUCCAAUCAUCAUUUCAGCAUAUAAAAAUAAUGCGAAAAACGCUGAAGUCGCAGAAAAUAUCUUCUUAUUAUUUUCUGAACUCGCUGAAUAUGAUGAAGGAAUAGAAGAGAUGGGAUCAUUAAAGGUAGUAGAUGUUCUUCGACAAGCAGCUCAAGAUUUUGGUGAUAAUAUGCAUGUGUUAAAAGUCUGUAAUCAAGCAUUAGACAAGCUGCAACAAUAAUAUGGAGGACGAUCUUUCAAAAAAUGCUACCGUUGCGAUGAGAAUAUCUCCAGAAAUUUUGUGGUUACCCUUGUC